CCCCUACUUUCAGAUUCCAACAUUAUGAAUAUGGGGUAGGUUUUCUCUUUUUCGAUCUCCAUUCUUUGGUCUUCUAUUUCAGUUAUAAAACCACUACUCUCUUUAGAAAAACCCUCUCUCUAGCUUUCUCUCUCUUCUUCUUCUUCAUAUUCUUCUUUCUUAAUUUGAUGGAGAAUAGCCACUCAUCUUCUAUGACCAAACCAACUUCUCCUAAUUCAGAAUAUUGCAGUGAAGAGAGUGGUUGGACUGCUUAUUUUCAAGAUUUCUCCAAUAACAACAACAAUAAUAAUAUUCAUAAUAAUGAUCAUGAUGAAGAAGAAGGGAGUUUGAUCUCAUAUGGCUCUUCUUUGGUCUCCGAUGCUGCUUCUUAUGCUGCAUGGAAAAUCUCCCACCAGAGAGAUCGUCAUCAUCAUCAACCUCGUGGCGCCGCCGCCGGCCCUUCCAUCGCCGCCGCCGGAGGAUUCCGGCCGCCGAAGAAGCUGACUUUCAAGAAAACAAGAACCAGAGAGAUUUCUUCAGAUGAUUCUUUAGAAGAUACCGCUAGUUCCCCAGUCAAUAGUCCUAAGGUUGGUGAUCUGAAACGGGUGAUUGAUAUGAAAACCAAACACACGGCUGAUCAUUUUCUUGAGAAUAAUUCUGUGGGUAAAAAAGGUGGCACAUUAGAGUACUAUUCAGAAAUGCAGGGAUCAGAAGAAAGAAGUGUAGUGGAUUUCAAUGAACCAAAUGACUGUAUAGACUUGAAGAAAAGAGGGUUGUGUUUGGUUCCCUUGUCCAUGUUAGUGAAUUAUCUCGGUUAAUAGUUUUCUUUUUUAAUUAAUUAAUCAAUCUCCAAUAUUUAGCAUAUACUUAUUUAUUCUCUUUGAAUUCCAUGUAAACGCACCUUAUUUUAUGACAUUGUACAAAUUAAAUAUAUAUAUAUAUAUAUAUA